GGGGGGGGCCGUCUCGGGCGCGGCGCGCCGCUGGCGCUGCCCGAAGCCGAGGUUAGCCUCUUCCGGUCGCUGUUUCCGGUGAACCUGCUCGCGGCCCCGCCACUCGGCCUGGCCUCCGAGCAUAUGGCCAUGGUGCGGGGGCACCACCCUCCGGCGGUUGUCAGGAUCUUCAAGGACCAUCACAUGGUGAUCCACUAUGCCAGCCCGGUCUCCUCGCGGCCGGUGGGCGAGCACCGCCUCGGGGGGCUGAUUUCCUCGUACUCCCCCCCCGGAGACCCUCGGCAUCGAGGGGCUCCAGCCCAACUGGUCGCGCUUUCACUCGCAGCUGGUCCCCACCUCCGAGGGCAGCCCAUUGGGCUGGGCCUACUCCAGCACCCACGGCCUGGCGCUUGCCAAGGUGUCCGGCCCGUGGCGGGUCUUCCCCAAGCCCAGCCUCCUGGGGGACGUCGUGGCCCUUCGGUCGGUGGGCCCCGACGAGGUCAUGUAUGUGGCCAUGUCCCUGGGCACGACCAACGCGCUGGUGCUCGGCCGUGCCUCCCUGCAGGGGCUGUCCACCCCGGUGACGAUUCCCGACCUGGGCGAGGGGCCCGCCCCGGUCCAGGCCCCGGCGCUGGCCCAUGCCCCGGGGUUCUACCUGUGGGACGGGCCAUCGGCCACCAUCCACCACGUGCAGCACCCCGCCCGGGAUGCCCUGAUGGUGGUGCAGUCGGUCACCCUGUCGGCUCCUGUGCGGGAUGUGGUCCAACGGCGGGUGACCGCCGGCGGUGGCACCGUCGACCGGGUGGCCCUGCUGGCCGGGGGCCUGGUCGACAUCUGUCGCGAGAGCCACACCCCGGGCACAUGUAUCCACCACUGGCAGGUCCGCCUGCCGGCCGGCGUGCCGCCCGAUGGCCAGCUCCUGGCCCCCGAGGCGCAUUUGUCCCCGGUGCCCAUCGGCUGGGUGGGGUACAUUGCCAUGGGGGCCGGCUCGACCGGCGCACCGCCGGCCCUUUGGCAGUUGCACUUCUCCAGUGGCUCGCCGGCGCGCCGGGUCCAGGUGCACAUGCCUCACAGCAUCUCCUUCGGCCAGCUGCUGCCGGUGCUGGUCCCGGCCGGCGGGCCGGGCCUCACUUGGGGCCUGACGGAGCAGAGCCUCCUGCUGGCGUCCGAGGCGCUCGGCUGCGACGGCGCCGAUCCGUCGAUCGUUUGUGCCUGCAGCCUGGCUUUCUUGUUCUGUGGAUACACGUGCGCCCAGGACCGGUUCACCUCGCCCCUCAUGGCGCCGGGGCUCCUCUGCGGCGGGUGUGCCGCCCUUCACCAGCCCAAGGACCCGUGGUCGCUGGACGAUCCCUGCGAGCCCUGCUCGGUGGACAACUGCGAGGUCUGCAGCGGCGACGAAUGUCUCGUGUGCACCCAGCCGUUCCUGGCCCAGGUGGACCCGGCCACCGGGAAGUGGCAAUGUGUGAGUGCCUGUGCAUCGGGCUACUCGCAGGGGACCGGGCAGCGCUGCUCGCCGGACCCCUCCACCGCGGGGCUGGUGCUGGACGUCGCCCACGCCCGGCUGGAGCUGGACAUGGCGCCCGGGCAGGCGGCCGCCGGCGGGUGGCACUUUGCCAGUACCCACCUCGCCCAGCACCCGGGCGGAACGCGACUGCUCGGCGCGGCUGCCAGUGCGGGGGACCUGGCCCGGCACCUGCUGGCCAUCUCCCUGGCGUCGGAUGGGCCGCCGCUGGCCGUCCAGCUGAUCGGGGCCCGGGCCCAGGCCAGUGCCCUGUCCGCAUGGCCGGCCGCCACCGGGCAGCCGACCUCCUAUGUGGAGUUCCCGCCCAGGCCCCAGGCGAAUGGGGACCCGCUUGGCGCGGCGGUGGCCUGCAUCGGCGGCCGGCUGCAUUGGUCUGUCCUCCGGUGCGCCGGCCCCCGGGGGGGGGAUGGCUCGUGCGCGGCAUCCAUCGGCCCCUUUGUCCCGAUCCCGGCCGAGGGGGCGCCCCGCGCGGCCGAGCCCCUGGCAUGCGCAUCGCUCCGGCGCCUGACCCCGGAGCAUGUGACGGUCACCACCACCCCCGGCGGGGGACCCUGCUGCUGGUCUUCGACACGGGCGCCGAGCCGGCCGUGCGGGUGCUGCUCGCGCUGGAGUCGUGUCACACGCACCCGGCCAUGGUGCGCCUGCCCCGGGAGCCGGCCGGCCCGGGGGCCACCCUGCUGGAGGACUUCCUCGUGGAGGCCGGCUCGACCUCCAUCAGCCUCGUGCCCUUCUCGCUGCGCCGGAAUGCGGAUCCGCUGGCGGCCGGCUCCUUCCCGAUGAGCACCCCGCUGAGCGGGCUGUGGAUGCCCGUGGCCCUGGCAGCCGAGCCAGGUGCCGUGGGCCAGCAGGACCUGCUCGUGUCGACCAUCUUGACGACGUCCGCCGGGGGGGCCGGGGGGCCUGGCACCGGGUCGGACAUCCACCGGUGGAUGGUCUACCACUCGGGCCUCGGGACCACCGGGUCCCAGCAGCGCACCAUCAAUGUGCCGAUCAUGGUCGAGGAGCUGGGCAUCCUGCCGGAGGACCCGCCCAGCAAGUACCAGAUCCGGGGGCUGAGCCUGGCCGAGCGCCGGGACCCGCGCUUCCCCGGGGCCCUGGUCCUGCUGACCGAGCGCCAUGUGGGCCUGGCCCUGAUGGAGUGCGCCCCGCGGCCGGGGCUGCGGCUGGCCGGCGCCGGGGGGUCCACCUCGCCGCCGGUGCGGGCGCUGUGUCGCAUGCACCGGGCCCGGUUUACCCCCCACCCCGGGGGGGCCGGCCUUCCCCUGGCGCAUGUGGCCGCGGUGCAUGUGCUUCCGCCGGACUUCGCCCCGGACCGCCGGUCGCUGGCCCUCCUGCUGCCGGGGCUGCACGACGCGCCGGCCACCGUGCUGUUGGUCACGGCGGAUGUCUGCCCGCCGGGGACCUUCCCGCCGGAGUGCGCCAGCUGCGCCGACCGGUGCGCAGCCUGCACCGGGCCGGCCCCGGGCGACUGCACCGGCUGCCGGCUGGCCGCGUUCGAUGCGCCGGCCGCCUGCCUGGACGCCUGCCCGCCCGGGCUCGAGCCCGGCCCCGACAGCCUGUGCACCUGCAUGCGAGGCUGCGCCGCCUGUGGGCCGGUCUCCGCCGGGCGGUAUGCCUGCACCGGGUGCCAGGCGGCCCAUGCCCCGCCGGCCGGGGUCCAGCACCCGGCAACAUGCCUGCCGUGCGACAGGACGUGCGCCGAGUGCCGGGUCCCUGGCGACCCGGCGGCCUGCACCGGGUGUGCCCCGGGCAGGCACCUGCACCAGGGGGCCUGCCUGGACGCCUGCCCGCCGGACUUCUGGCCCGACGCGCAGGGCGCCUGCCGGCCAUGCCCGGAGGGCUGCUCCAAGUGCGUCAACGAGGCCCAUUGCGAGGUGUGCAAGCCGGGCUGGCACCAGAGCUCGCGCGUGUGUCUCCGCUGCCAUGGCUCCUGUCAGACGUGCACCACGGCCGAGGCCUGUGACUCCUGCAUGGCGGGCCUGGUGUUCCUGGACCCCCAGGCGCCCUCGCUGUGCGGCAGCACCUGCGCCCCCGGCGAGUAUGCCGGCGCGGGCCGAUGUGUCACAUGCGAUGGGUCUUGUGCCCUGUGCGACCAGGCGGCCGACCGGUGCCAGUGCGCGGCGCACUGCUCCAGCUGCCCCGGGUCGCCGGACACCUGCGCCCUGUGCGAGCGCGGGUGGCUGCUGGCCGGCCCGGCCUGUGUCGACGAGUGCCCCGGCUCCUCGGUGGCCCUGGGCGGUCUGUGUGCCACCUGUCACGAGUCCUGCGGCACAUGCUACGGCCCGGGGCCGGCGCACUGCCUGACGUGCGGUGCGGAUGCCCCGCUCCUGGUGGACGGCCGCUGCCUGGCCGCCUGCCCGGCCGGCACCUUCCAGAGCGGAGAAACAUGUCUGCCGUGCAGUCCGACCUGCGGUGCGUGCUCCGGGCCCGGGGCCGCUGAGUGCACGGCCUGCCCGGGGGACCGAGCCCUGCUUGACGGCGUCUGCGUGGUGUCCUGCUCGGAGGGGUAUUUGACAAAGGACCAUGGCACGGCCGGGCGCAUGUGCGUGCCCUGCGAUGGCUCGUGCGCCGGGUGCACCGGGCCCGGGGCCGAUCAGUGCACGGCCUGCGCCGGCGCCGGCCGGCUGCACAUGGGCACGUGUGUGGGUGUCUGCCCGGCUGGCACCUUCGGCUGCGGGGUCACGACGAAGUGCGAGCCCUGCGCCGAGCGCUGUGCCGAGUGCAUGGUGCUCGUCGACACGCCCGACCUCGGGUGCACAUCCUCGUGCCGGGCGUGCGCGGCGGGCUUUGCCCUGUCCCCGUCGACCGGCGAGUGCGUUGCCGACUGCCCGGCCGGCGAGUACAGCGUGGGCCCCGGCACCUGCGCCCCAUGCGGCCCCCCCUGCCGGGCAUGCUUCGGCGCGGCCGAGCACUGCACCUCGUGCGCGGACCCGGGUGCCUGGCUGCAUGUGGACGCCGGGGCCUGUGUGAGCAGGUGCCCGGAGGAGCGAGCAGCACCAGUCGAGCGUGUGCAUGCCUUGCCGCCGGUCCCGGCGCGGGUGUGCCUCGGCUGCCAGGCGGGGUGCUUGCGGUGCGCCGCCGGCGCCGGGCUGCCGGAGUGCGCCUUCGGCCCGGGCGGGGAGCUGUCCUGCCCGGUGGCCGACGUGUGCCUCGAGUGCGAGGCCGGCCUGCUGGUGCUGGGGGCCCUUGGUCUAGGCAUCGGCCUCGGGCUGUUGCUGCUCAUCCUCCUCGUGGCGCUUGUUCUUGUACUUUACCUUCGCCUCCGGCGUCAGCGGAGGCACUCGAGCAAGACCCACGACGACGAGGACGCCACCGUGAUGAACACCAUGCUGGAGCUGUCCCUCCCGGGCAGCAUCCUGGUCAGCAUCGCCAGCGACUUCUCGCCGCUCAACGAGGAGGCACUGGGCGCCGGGACCCAGGCGUCGGUGUUCGCGGCGCGCGCCGUCGGGGCCGGCAUCUCCGACCGGCUGGGCUGCCCGGGCACCCAGUGGGCCUCCGGGCUGGAGGCCAUGCAUGCGCAGGGGAUCGCCCACCGGGACCUGAAGCCGGGCAACGUUUUUGUCAGCCAGCGCCUGGACGGGGGCUGGCGCGCAGCCCUCGGCGAUUUGGGCACCUCGCGCAACCUGAACACCGACCGGUCGUCCACCCUCGUAAGCCAGGCGCCGGAGCUGAACGCCAUGACGGCGCGGUACGCCGCCCCGGAGGUGCUGGCCGCCUUCCAGCGGAAGCGCCCGCUCGAUCGCGAGCUCCUCCUCCCGGGGGACAUCUACAGCGCGGCCGUCAUGCUGUGGGAGUGCCUCACGCGCACGGUCCCCUGGGAGGGGUCCUUCUUCGAUGAGAUCGCCGCGCAUGUGCUGGCCGGCGAGCGGCCGGCCAUCUCCUUUGACGGGCCGCUGGCGGACCUGCUGCCGCUGGCGUGGGACGCCAACCCGCACGCCCGGCCACCGGCCGCCGCCCUCCGGCAGAAGGUCGCCAUGACCGCCCUGAUGGGUGCUAACCAGCCCUAG